GAUGGAUGAUAUUGCUGGCUAUGAGGGCUGGAGAUGGAUAUUCAUCAUCGAGGGCCUGGCUACAGUCAAUCUGGGAAUAAUGCUCGCUUCCUAAAAAUCCGGCAAAUUGUCAAUAGCAUUCAAAGCACAUUGCGCUAUGCUAUUUUGGCGUUUGCCUCGCCUGUUCCGGAAUGUAUCCAAUCCUAUCUGGCGUGAAUGCAUGGAAUGUGUCUAAUCUCCCCGAUCCCACUAAGCGUGCCAUUGGGAUUGGUUAUCUCAUUUGCAUGGGCAAUGCGGGUGGUCUAAUUGGAAGUUUCAUUUAUAAAGAGAAAGAGGCGCCACGGUAUGUCACUGGCUAUGGGAGCUCGAUUGCCUUUGCAUCUGCGGGAGUGAUUGCCUGCCUUGUGCUGGAAUUUUCUCUAUUCAGGUUGAAUCAGAAGAAGGCCAGGAUGACGGAGGUCCAAGUCCACGAGAUGUACUCAGAGGAAGAGUUGAGAGAGAUGGGGGAGAAAAGCCCGCUAUUCAAGUACAACUUAUAACUGAACCUGACUGCUACAGAGAACAAGUGAUUGAUAUAGAG